AGACAAUAGAGGGGAAAAGGGAGAUGGUAGAGGGGAGGAGGAGGAGGAGGGAGAGACGAUAGAGGGGAGGAAGAGGAGGGAGAGACGAUAGAGGGGAGGAGGAGGAGGGAGGCGUGGGACGGACCUCCCUCUGUGACCGUGCGGGAGGCAGACAGACGAAGCGGAAUGAGCGACGCAUCAUAAGAGUGCAACUGUGGAGGUGAUGAUGAAGAUGAAGAUGGCUCCUAAAGACGGCCUUACGCUGCUUCCCUGCUUCUACUUUGUGGAGCUCCCCAUCGUAGCGUCCUCCAUGCUGUCGCUGUACCUGCUGGAGCUCCAGCCCGCCCAGGGGGGGUACCGCUGCCACCAGCCCAGCCUCAGCCUCCCCUACGUGGGCCCGGGCACGGAGGCCGUCCCCCUGCUGAUGCUGCUCAGCCUCGCCUUCGCUGGACCCGCUGCCACGAUCAUGGUGGGGGAGGGGCUGGUCUACGCCCUCCACGGGCCCGCAGGGGGCUGCAGCUUCAACUCCUUCCUCAGGAGAACCGUGCGCUUCGUAGGCGUCCAUGUGUUCGGGCUGUGUGCGACGGCUCUGGUCACGGAUGUCCUCCAGCUCUCCACCGGGUACCACGCCCCGUUCUUCCUGACCGUGUGCCAGCCCAACUACACCCUGCUCAGUGUCCCUUGUGACCUCAACCCCUUCGUCCACCAGGACAUCUGCUCCGGGCACGACCGGCACGCUAUCCUCACCGCCAGGAAGACAUUCCCAUCCCAGCAUGCAACUCUGGCAGCCUUCGCUGCUGUUUAUGUUUCUAUGUACCUGGACCAGGCGGUUCCGGCUUGCCCGCGGCUGCUGAAGCCGGUCCUGGUGUUGGGGUUCUGGCUGGCGGCCGGCCUGGCGGGGCUGACCCAGGUGACGCAGCACCGCAGCCACGCCCACGACGUCUGGGCUGGGGGCCUCAUCGGGGCCUUCAUCGCUGCCUACCUGGCCUGUCAUGCUGUGGGUAACUUCCGGCCCCUGGAGGCGGCGGCCCCCGGGGGCCCGGCCCCCCCCGACGCCUUGAGGGCCCUCGCCGAGCGCGGCCACGACUCGGUCUACAACAGGGGCCCCGCCUCCGCCUCCCAGAGCAACGACCAGAUCUGUGGGGCCCCCGGUGGGGCGGAGGGGGCCCCCGGUGGGGCGGAGGGAGCCCCGGGGUCGGGCGGGGGGCCCACGGGGGGCCUGCAGAGGGCCAGCCUGGAGGCGGAGCUCAGGGCCCCCAGGGAGACCAUGGUGACCUUCAGCCACACCCUGCCCCGCGCCGGCCAGGGCCCCAAGGAGCCGGGGUCGACAUGGCAACAGAGAGCGACGGACCGAAGGAGAGAGGGGGGCUCUGAGGCGGCCCAGGGCCCCCCAGCGGUGAGGCGGGGCCCGGGGGGGCACGGUCCCGAUGCCGGGGCCCCCGCUGUGUCCCCUAAGAGCGCCCUGACGCGGGCCAAGUGGCUCGCCAUCACGGAGAAGAACCGCGCCCCCCCCGGCCCUCCUCCCGGCCCCCCCGGCCUCCCACGCCUCCUGCAGGCAGUCCCGGCAGCGGGUCUGGUCGGGGGCCCAAGGGCCCUCAGACUGCAGGGACCCCUGGGAGUGGAGGGGCUCAGCCAAUGAGGGAGGCGGCCAGCAGGCCACGCCCCCACGCAGGGGGCCCGCCGCGGGGCCCCCUGCAUGGGGGCGUGGCCUGCUGCUCCUGGACCCGGACCUCCCCCCGCCCCAGGACCACUUACCCAGGAGCCUGGCUGGAGCCCGGGAGGCCAGAGACCCGCUCACACACUAGGACAUAGAGAUCUAAUCCUAACCCGUUAACUAGGGCAUAGAGAUAGAGAUCUAACCCUAACCCGUUAACUAGGGCAUAGAGAUAGAGAUCUAACCCGUUAACUAGGACAUAGAGAUCUAACCCGAACCCGUUAACUAGGGCAUAGAGAUAGAGAUCUAACCCUAACCCGUUAACUAGGGCAUAGAGAUAGAGAUCUAACCCGUUAACUAGGACAUAGAGAUCUAACCCGAACCCGUUAACUAGGACCUACUGGUCACUGUCACUGGACCUACUGGUCACUGUCACUGGACCCACUGGUCAAUGGACCUACUGGUCACUGGACCUAAUGGUCACUGGACCUACUGGUCACCGUCACUGGACCCACUGGUCACUGGACCUACUGGUCACUGGACCUAAUGGUCACUUGACCUACUGGUCACUGUCACUGGACCUACUGGUCACCGUCACUGGACCUACUGGUCACUGACCAUACUGGUCACUGUCACUGGACCUACUGGUCACUGUCACUGGACCUACUGGUCACUGACCAUACUGGUCACUGUCACUGGACCUACUGGUCACCGUCACUGGACCUACUGGUCACCGUCACUGGACCUACUGGUCACUGUCACUGGACCCACUGAUCACUGGACCUACUGGUCACUGGACCUACUGGUCACUGGACCUACGGGUCACUCUCACUGGCCAUACUGGUCACUGGCCACUGGUGUUUUAAUCGCUAACAACGGCCAUCAGCAGGCAAUGUACUACAGUAUAUAUUUAAGCAAUAGAUCACGCCAGGCUGUGGUAGGUGCUCAUUAUACCACUGUUAAGGGGCGUUGUCCGGCCCCGACGCGCAGCGGAGGGCCGG